AUGAAAGUGUUCGUGGUUCUUGUCCUGGCCUUGGCCACCGCCUCCGCCGCCGUCCUGCCCAAGGUGACCCCAGUGCACCCGAAGGAUAGGAAGGCCAGCGCCUCCUCCAUCCAGGGACGCGUCACCAACGGCAGGGAGGCCGUCGAAGGCGAGGUCCCCUACCAGGUGGGACUCAGCUUCGCCACCGAAAGUGGAAGUGGCUGGUGGUGCGGUGGCUCCCUCAUCAGCAGCGAGUGGAUUUUGACCGCUGCCCACUGCACCAGCGGAGCUUCCUCCGUGUCAGCCAUUCUUGGAGCCACCGCCCGUAUCGCUCCCCUCGUGACCGUUGUGGCGAAGAGCUCCGAGUUCUCGACCCACGCCAGCUACAACUCGAUCCUGCUGCGCAACGACAUCGCCCUAAUCAAGAUCCAAGCCGUGACCUUCUCGAGCCGCAUCAACGCGAUCGCCUUGGCGAGCAGCGACGCCGGCACCUUGGAGGGCGAGACCGGUAAGAUCUCCGGCUGGGGCCUGACCUCCGACCAAGCCACCACGGUGGCCGAUAAGCUCAUGACCGCCGAUGUUACCAUUAUCGCAAACUCGGUUUGCGCAUCCACCUAUGGCACCAUGGUCGUGACCGACAGAAACGUAUGCAUCGACACCUCCAACGCCGUGUCCACCUGCAGCGGCGACUCCGGCGGUCCGCUGGUCGUGAAGAAUGUCCUUGCGGGCGUCACCUCCUUCGGAGCGAGUGCCGGCUGCGAGCUGGGAUACCCUGCUGGCUUCACCCGUGUCACCUACUACCUCGAUUGGAUAAACGCCAUCACCAACCUCUAAGCUUUUUCAAGCCUGUAAACCAAAUAAAAGCAUUCCCGAAAAUCAA